AUGACAACUGUUAGGGCUCUAGUUGGGAUAGCAAUAAAGAAAGACUGGGACAUUUUUCAAUUGGAUGUGAAUAAUGCAUUUCUUCAUGGAGAUCUUCAUGAAGAGGUAUACAUGGAAUUACCUCCAGGUCUUGUUGUAGAGAGGUCAGACUUACAUGGAGAUUCAGUAGUGUUUGUGGCUGUCUAUGUAGAUGAUGUCCUGAUAAUAGGGACUGAUUUGCAAGAAAUAGAAGCAUUAAAGAAAACUGGUGGGAAAUUGAAUUACCUGACUAACACAAGACCUGAUAUAUCCUAUAGUGUGCAGCGUUUGAUUCAGUAUAUGCAAAGUCCUAGGGAGCCUCACUUGAAGGUUGCAUAUCAUGUGCUGAGAUAUCUCAAAGGUGAUCCGAAUCUAGGGAUCUUUUUAUCCAACAAUAAAGAUUACAGAGUUCGAGCCUUUUGUGAUUCAGAUUGGGCAGCUUGCCCUAACUCAAGAAAGUCAGUUAGUGGUUAUGUUGAAUUGCUAGGUGAUGGACCUAUCAAUUGGAAAUCAAAGAAGCAACACACUAUCUCAUUGUCCUCAACAGAAGCAGAAUAUAGAGCUGCCAGACAGGUUGUGGGAGAAUUAGUAUGGUUACUGAGGUUACUAGCAGAAUUGACAGCCCCCUUGACAUUUCCUGUGACAGUCAAGCAGCACUGCAUAUAG